ACAAAAAAGAGCAGGACUUGAAAAAAAUGAGUGGGUUGGUCGACUGGGAAAGAAGAUUGCUGACUAUUCGGGCAAACAUUGCAACAGGCAACAUUGAAAAAUUGUUUGGAGAAGAAUACAUAGUCAUUGACCUCCUAAAAGUUUUAUAUGAAGACUCAUUGGAUGCGUCAUCCAAGGUAGAGCUGCUAGUCUUACUGGAGAGCUACGGUGGUUAUGGAGGGAUACAGUCAAGCAGUGUUGACCAGAUCAUUGCGUCUUUGCUGGACGUGUUUCACCAGUACAGUGGACGGACAGAGGGUCAGUCCUUGUUCCUGGAGCAACUCCUUCUGACCAUUACUACUCUGCUUGUUCAGUAUGACCAGCUGGAUGGCGAUAUCUUCAAACGUUCCUUUGAGGCUAUUUUAAAUGUUGCCACAUCACCAAGCAAUGUGGCUGACACUAAGAGACUACGAUCAUGUGCCUGCCAGUGCCUUAUACAGUUUGAGGAAUGGUUGCCGGGUUGUCUGUGGAAAGAAAAAGAAACACUUCGGAAGAUUCUGAAGCUGGAGCGGUCAGAUGUGUACCAGGAUUACCUGCUGUUGGUCGUUAAGGUGGUGGAACAUGCCAUCUGUAACCGUUCCAAUGGCAAUGGUUCACCUGGUGUCAACAGUGCUAACGGAAACAAACUGGAUCGACAGUUUUCCUCUGAACCCCAGGAGAUGCGUCAAAUGGUAUCCAUGGUGAUGGAAAACGUGGCAGUGCUCACGCCCAGUGGACUGUGGCACAUUGUCUUAUCACUGGUCAACUUCAUCCACAAUCUACCAGAGAUGUCUGCCAUGAUAUUCAAGCCACUGAUGUUACAUCACAUGGCCACUAUGGAUAUCUCCACUUUACACCUUGUCCUAUACCUACAGAGAGAGUUUGAGAAGGAGGUGUUGACUGAAGGGGAAGAGAAGCAGUUGAUACAGAGACUCCUUACAUCUAUCAGUCAUCCAUCUUUAAGCCCCGCCCACAGACUGUUUGUGUGUCACUGGACUAGACAUCACUCACUGUCGUGUGAUGAAGGUACUUACCUGUUACCCACAGUGAUGGCCGAGAGGUAUAGACUGUGCUUCUUCCCCAGUGUGUUUGAUCCUCCAGACUGCCAGCUUGCCAAGCUCUGUCUUUUUAAUCUGUGCUUCCCUCCUUUACCAGAGGAACCAAGUGGUGUGGCCGCAGCACUGUUGCUAGGCAGUGUGGGAUACCUCCACAAGUUGGUGUGGCACACAGGAAGUGACCGUGUGGCCGUGGUGCUGUUCCGUGCUCUGUUCCACAUGUAUCAGAGGCACUGUAGUAAAUCCUUCUCCCAGGAUAUCAACCGGUUUCUGCGAGGCCUUAUCUCUGGGUUCCCAUACUUCAUACCACACGCUUUGGACUUCAUCGAAUGUCUGAGGAACACCACACCUGACAGCCCUGUGUACACCGAGAUACUGAGUUUGCUACACCACCAGGUUGUAACCACACCCGAGGACCAGGCUGCAGCUUACUUCUAUUUCUACCUCCAGGUCAUGAAGAGUGCUUCUCUGCGGACUGAGAUUGAGCCAAAGUCCACAGUGAAGUUUCUGAGCUACCUGGCGGAACAUUCCAUCAUGAUAGAUGACGGUAGCUGGUUACUAGGUAACGGGAUUCUGUCAGUCAUUCAAAAUCUACUGGUGUGUCACGGCACAGAGGAUCUGUACCUUGCUGUCGGUGACUUGCUGUUCUACAUGAUGACAUACUACCGAGACAUGGAUGUUCGUGAUAAAUCCUUGUUCCUGUAUGCUCUGCUCACAUCCUCUACGGAUGAGAAGAUCAGAGGACUGCUCCGAACCAUGUCCAGGGCUCAAAGUGUUCAUGAAGCAUUGUCGACAAUACUACCAGGUGCACUAGAUAAGAACAAAGGUCAGAUAAUAGUGCUGGACAUGCCAAUAUUCUCCUUGGACAGGACAGAUAUGACAGCAGAAAUAGACAAAACAGCAUCAGCAGAGGAACAAUCAGAAGCAGAUGGUACUGUUGAAGACUAUAUACAGAGACUACAGAAAUGUUCCAGCUUCCUCACAGCCUCCUACAGCUUAUCACUGACAAAUGACAAACUUGAGAAAGUAUUAGCUGUGACUGUCCACAUAGAUACAGAAGAUACACUGGAAAAGGUCAAAGAUAUACACAUUUCCAGAUUAGAAAAGAAAGAAAGUCACCUAGUUACAUUGGCUAUAUCGCCAAGGAAACCACUCCCAUGCCAUUGUCAUGUGUGGAUUGAGUUUCUGGAUGGAAAGCAGACCUACAAGUGCCAAACUGAGGCUGUGACCUUGACAUUGGAGGAUUUCCUAUUGCCUCUACAGACAGACCUGUCAGGGGGUGGGGCAAGUGACCUGUUUGACCUUAUAUGGCAGUGGUGUACAAACAACAAUGACCAGGAUGAUGGAAAUAUUCCAGGGAUUGAGUCGGUCAAAGUUCUCCACAUGUCCCUCUCCGAGUUCACAGAAAGGACCAACCAGAAGCUACACAGAUAUAAAGUAUCAGAUACCGAUAACACAGAUCCUGCAUCAGUGUUGAAGUUUGGGAUGUUCCUUCCAACCCGUUAUCAUUUGCUUCUGAGCUGUCGUGAGACAAAUUCAAACGUUUGUGUAUCCAUGGCAACUGAUUUUUACCGUAUCCUGCCCUACAUUGAUGCGUUUCUGACUGACCUUUGAUGAACUUUUUUACCAAUAUACAAAUUAUACAAAAACAGUCAUCAUUUAAAAAUUGUCAUUGAAAUAUUUUAUAAAGGUACAAAAAAUUACUACUUCACAAUACACUGCAAUGUGUGUGUAUCUAAAUUGGACCACUGAACCGCUGAAAAAUGUGUUGAGCUACACAGUUAUAAUUUUGUUUACAAUAAGAAAGGGGACGUUACUUAUAUUAUGUAUUGAAUUUGUGAUCUCAAAUCUUUUUGACAGCAAAACAAAUUGAUAUUUUCUCACAUCGUUGUGUAUGGAAUUCAAAAUGGAUCAAUCUGAUAUAGUUUACCAAAGCAAAAUUAAUUUUUGUUGUUUCUCAAAACUAUGUUCAGUACAUGUACAUGAAUUUUCAUUCCAUAUGUUGGGCACUGAAAUUAUAUUAAAACCGGGGAAAUGACAGUGCUGAUCUUAUGGAAAAUGCAAGAAAGAUCUACUAGUUCUUCAUCUUGAAGUUCCUUCACUUAUGUAUAUAUAUAUAUUGAAAAACUGUAAGCUGGUGAUAUAUGAAAUAUAGUCAAUGUUUUUGGUUCUGGUUGAAUCUGGGUACACGACCAUAUUCAUGGAAACCAUUUCAACAAGACAUACAUUGAACAAUCUGGUGUGUUAUUGUAGAAAGUUGUUCAUUGUUAUAACAGGUCAUGUUACUGUUUUCAGUUGUCCUCCUGUAGAGUUCUUUGUAGUAAUUGACACAUUUCCUAUCAAUUCGUGUUGCAGAAUGCUUAAAGGUAGGAAAAGAUGUUUGUAUGAAAGGGCAGUGCAAUAAAGUUCU